AAACAAGGUUUAAUAUAACCCCUCCCAACCAUAGAAGUACCAUUAUCACAAUUCGGGACCAUAACACUUAGGGACACUUCAUUCAUACUAAAGUCAUGACAAUAAAAACUUUGGUCAGAUUCUCAAGAACAAAGCAAGGGUAGACAACAAAGCAAUUAGCAAUCAUACUAAAAAAAUCUGCAAGGCGACUGUUGAAGCAGAGUUCUGCCACCGAAUCAAGUAUGUUGAUGUUGAUGAAAUCUAAGUUUUGUAAAAUUAGCGGAGUGAUGCCUCUAUUGAAAAUUUCCAACAUGGCGGACAACGACACUGAAAUUACCUCGGAACAGACUGAAAAGCUCCUGCAUUUCCAGGAUUUGACUGGAAUUGAAGACAUGGAAAGAUGUCGUGAGCGCUUAGAAAGAUGCAAUUGGGAUAUUGAGAUGGCUGUUCAAGAUACAUUUAAUGAAGAGGAGGGAAGAGACCGCAUAGUACAAGACCAACCAGAGAGGGUAGAACCCCCCACACCACCUGUAAAUAUGAACCCAUCAGACCAAAGAAUUAUAAUCACCAACCGUCGCCAACCUCAAGGCCUCUUAGGAUGGGGCACACAUAUAAUCCUCUUCCCAUUUAGAUUUGUGUACAUUACUUUCUUUGAUAUAUUUAAUUUCAUAUUUAGACUACUAAGGCCAGACCCAAGGCGGAAUGUCACAGAUCCAGUAGGAGAUGUUAUAUCAUUUAUACGCAAUUAUAAUGAACAGUAUGGUGAAAACCACCCAACCUUUUACCAAGGAUCAUACAGUCAAGCCCUCAAUGAUGCCAAAAAAGAGCUGAAGUUUCUCCUAGUUUACCUCCAUGGAGAUAACCACCAAGAUACUGCAACAUUUGCAAGGGAAUGCCUUGGUAAUGCAGAGGUGAUAGAGUUUAUAAACAGCCACAUGCUGUUUUGGGCGUGCAAUACAAAUAGUCCAGAGGGAUAUAGAGUAUCUCAAGCACUUCGAGAAAACACAUACCCCUUCCUGGCCCUAAUAGUGUUACGUGAGAAUAGAAUGACAGUUGUCGCAAGAUUAGAAGGUCCAAUAGAUGCAGCCCAGUUAGUAACCAGGGUGACAAGAUGCAUGAAUGAUAACGAAGGCUACCUUGUUGCAGUUAGAGCCGAUAGGGAUGAGAGAAGUUUCAACCAGAGCCUAAGGCAGGAGCAGGACGUAGCUUAUCUAGAAUCUCUAAAGGCAGACCAAGAAAAGGCUCGUAAGAAGAAGGAAGAGCAAGAAAUGGUGGAGAAGGCAGAGGAAGAGGAGAAACUAAAGCAAGAGGAAGCAGAGCAAAGAUUACAGGAAAUUGAGGCGAAAAAAGCAGAGUUACGUUGCAGUAUUCCAGAAGAGCCGGCUGCAGAUGAUCCCGAUGCUAUCAGGAUACUGCUGAAGCUGCCAUCAGGGUCACGUGUUGAAAGACGAUUCAAUAGAAAUCAUUCCUUGCAGUGCUUAUACAACUAUGUCCUCUGUCACGAUGACGCUCCAGAUGACUUUCAAAUAAUGACUAACUUUCCACGGAAAACAUUACUGUGUAACUCUAGUGAAGCACCCACAUUUAUUGAAGCUGGACUUGGCAAAUCUGAGAUGCUUUUUGUACAUGACAAUGAAGCAUGAUUUGGAAUUUGAACUGUAUUACUUGGAUAAAGAGCUCAAAGUUGAUAGACAGGAUCAGAGUGAUGUGAUUUUACAACUAUGGUGCUUCCCCCAAGAUGAAUGUAUCGGAUUGAUCAGACACGUCAGUUCAGUCAUAUUUAGUUUUAAAGUUCAGAAUAUGACUAAAUGGGUGACUUGUUUAACACACUGGUUGGGUACUAGUAUGAUAAGAUGGAUCAGUUAAUGUGACGUACUGAAUGGCUUAUUUUACCAAGUGGUUGGUUCAUAUUGGGAGCAUUGGUAAGUUAUAAAUUGACUGGUUAAGGUGACAUGGUUAAGGUGACAUGCAAGUUAUGACUGAGGUCAUAAAUAUGGUGACAUUGGUAAGUUAAUAUGACAUACUGGUUUUAUAAUUGACUUGAUAGUUAAUUAAGAUGACAGAAUGGACUGUUACGAUUUCGGUAAUAUGGUAGACUGGUCAAUCAAUAUGAUAGACUGGUAUUAUUGAUUUACCUGAUAGUAAAGA